AGUGAUUAUUUGCAGUGGCGCUUUGUGCCUUUAAAUCCCUGUUUGUUCACUUAGUGAUUAUUAACUAAGCAACAAAACACACCAAGGUCACUUCUGUUUAAAACGGACAUUUACUCUACAAAUACAAGAAAAUUUCACCUCGUGGACGGAUUUAUUUACAGCAAGUUGCAGUUUACUGGGAGAACUUUUUAUAAUUGAGGAUCACACCUUUGUUUGUUUCAGUAAAGUAUCAGUAAGUGUAAAGUAUCCUUGAGUUUUAAGCUGCGUUUUAUCCAAGGAUUCUGGAGCAUUGCGCAUGACCUGGGCUCCUUCCCAUACAGCACACUAACAUACUAAAUAUAGGUUGUAGCCUCCACAUGCAUUACCAAAGCACUUCAUACUAUUUAGCAAGGUAGGUAGGAUAAUGGUUUGGACGUAGCCACUGUCACAUGGCACUCAUGGAUCUUUGAUGAAGGCUACUUUGAUGUUGACUAUGGAUCAACAGAACAUGGCGAGUUUAAGGGUGAACUCGGGAUGCCAAAGAUUUGGACCAUACCGACAUGAAUUGUCUGUAGAGCACAACAGCAAUGAUCUGGAUAAUAAAGACACGUUCAAAAGCCUUGACAUAGAAAAUAAGCCCUUAAGAACAUCAGGGAGUGUAAAAGGGACCCCAGCAGUUUCUGAAGACAAAAUCCCUACAGUGUUGGGGCUUCAGCUGGCAAUAGCACAAGGUCCGGACCGGCUUCCUGCUGACAAGAACACACAGGAAGUUCUGUGCGGGAAACUGCGUGUGCUGGAGGCUGACCUCUGCAAUAUUACAUCCUUGCUCUCUGAAUUCUCUGCUCAUCUGGUGUCCAUCAACAGUGAGGAAAGAACCAUAUUCAUCACUUUUAAAUCAUUUGAGGAAAUAUGGAAGUUCACCACAUACCACAGAAUGGGUUUCCUACGUCAGUGUUUGGGGAAUGUUCUUUUGAACCAAGAAUUCUGGCUUAAUGCUUUAGACCAGGAAGGCUCGGGAAUUGAGGUGUCAUUUAAUGAGGAGGCUCUUAAUCAGAUGUACUUAGGCUUUCUGAUGCAAGAAGGCUCAUUUUUUGGGAGUUGCACAGUGAAUCAGAUGUUUGACAGCUCCACAUCAGGCAGUGAUCUUUAUCUUGAGAUGGGUGAUAUUGCUCUGUUUGAGCCUCCGUUCCUGGGCUCGGGCUGGACUGUGCUAUCUCUGGCAGACGGAUCAAGAGGGACUAAAGCUCGGCCAGCACUGGAACCUGUCAUCCCAUUUCAUGAGUGGUUUCUGAAGUCCUGUCCUGAAUGGGUUUUGGUAGGCAGUGGAAAAACAUGCUCAAAUGUCCCAUUUCAAAUUGCUGUAGGUAUCUGUGAGGCUACAGAGGUGUAUGAUGGUAAUGGCCCCGAUGAGCUCAGUUUUGAGGCUGGUGAUCGCAUCAUCAUCACAGGCCUACUAGUAAACUGUUUUGAGUGGUUCAUGGGCAAGCUGGAGAGGACUGGUGAUACGGGACUUGUGAAAACAAGCCUUGUAAAAGCAACUGAUUCUCUUUCUGAAUCUGAUGAAAUCUAUAUGAAAGAAGAAAACAAGAACAUUUUCAACUUGGAACAAGAGACGAUUAAAAAAGAAACUAUUGCUUUUUUAAAGAAAACUUGCCAAAGCAAUCUUACUACAGUCUACAAACUUGAAGAGGUGAGAUACCUUAUUUGUAUAUGGCGAGUCGAAAACAGACAGGAGCAGUUAGAAGAAUGCAGACGUAAAAUAGCACCAAAAAAGGAUUCAGCAAAUUCAAGGUCAAUUGAAGAUGGACCCAGCAACGGUGAAUAUGCAGACAGAAAGAGAAAUAUCACCAAUAUUUUGGGUGAAAUAAGGGAUCAUCUUCAAAAUGAGCAGACACAAGACAGUGAGAGGCUCCAAACAGAUGAGCAGAUCGGAUCCACAGCGUCACCCAACGAAAUCCCUUAUUUUACUGUUUGUUCAGAACAGGAUGGUGCCGGUCCAGAUGGAUACUGUUCCCUUCUGUCCUUUUUAAGCAGCCGGGAUCACCAGCCUGAGUUUCAGCUUCUCUAUGCUGCGUACCCAGAAUUCCUCCAGUUGCAUUUCCAGGGCCACAGUGAUGAGGAGGAGCUGGUAGCAUAUUUAGGUGUGGUUCGGGAAAUAGCCAGAAAAAAACGGAUGUCAUGGGCACAGAGCAGAAUCUGUUUUCUCUUGGGACAGUUGUGUGCAGGAAGGUCAAAGUUCUCCCAGGCUCGUGUCUAUUAUGAGGAAGCGUUAAGCAUACCCAGAGACUAUUUUACAGACAUCUACCUUCUCUCUGCUAUCUACUCUAACCUGGCUCUCAUUUAUCUCACACAAAAAAAUGCAGAGAAGUAUCUUGCUGUAUCUGAACGCUUUGCUGCUUUACUACUGGCAGACUGUAACUAUUUAUCUGGCACAGAAGACCCUGAGGUGUUGAAGUUUGCACUGAAAAAGGCUGUUUUGUCCCAGAACAAAUCUGCAGAAGCCCGCGUCUGUUUCCUGCUGUCCAAAUUUUAUCUGAAGCUUGGAGAAGGGAUGAGUGCAGUGCCUUUCAUUGAGCGGCUACAGAUUUUGGCAGAUGAGAUGCCUGGAACUUGUGACAAGAUGCAAAGUCAUGGUUUUUUACUUUUAGCAAGGCUUUAUAGUGACUACGGUCUUCUUCACCUAGCUGAGAGCUCAGCACAGCAAGCAUGUCAACAGGUGUCUUCAUCAGUCACUGAUUGUUUCUGCAGCAUCUCUUUGCUGUUAGAGAAUGCCCGAGAACUGUAUGGUGUAGACAUCCCAGCACAAGUGGCUCCAUGUUUGACUCGAGCUGCUGCUUUAGAAUCUUUUGACAUGGAGCCCAGUAUUUCACAUGCCUAUGCCCUGUGCCUGUCUUGGCUCUUCCACAAACAUGGCAUGCCUAAAAGGGCAGUUCAGUACAUGUGUGACUUCCUCAACCAUGCCUCUGCUACCGUGCUCAGCCACUCUGAUGCCAGCGCUGCACUUAUCUGGGUGGCAUGGUUGUAUAUCUGUGACCUGCAACCCCACAGUGCUCUGGAUGUCCUGGACUCAGUCCUGUCCUCCCUCCCCGAGCACUGUACAACCCGGCUGGAGGGUGUCAUUUAUAAUAUGCGUGGCAUCACUUUGAGACAUACCGGUGAUGUCAAACAAGCUGCAGAGAACUUCCAUGCUGCAGUCGAUGUCUGUGAGGAGUUUGAAGACAGAUGCAACUGGGCCAUAGCACUUGCAAACUUGGGCUUCUUGAGUUUACAGGCCAAUGUGGAAAGGGCAGCAGAAGAACAGCUCACGCAGGCAAUAGAGCUAUUCUGUGAGCUAGAGGAUGAAGAUCAUGAGCUGAACUUUGUUGUUGUGCUUCUAGCGCUUGGAAAGCUUUAUGUCUCGCAGGGUUUUUGUGAGAAAGGAAAGGUCUACUAUGAGUGGGCCCUGCUGACUUCCAUCCUUUAUGAUAACUCAGAGAGCCAGCUGCAAGCUACCCGUCACCUGUGCAUGCUGUACAGUGAAGCAUGUCCUGAUGAAGCUCAGUGCAUCAUUUACAAUGAACACCAGCUGAACCUGCUUCAGCAGACAGGAGACAGAACCCUGGAGGCAGAGAUAUUGGAAAAGAUCAGUCUGCUGUACCUCAGCCUGGGUACAGAGAAGGCAAAUAGAUGUGCUCUGGACUACACCAAAAGAAGCAUAGGGAUCUACAUUGACAUGGGGAUGAAGAGGAAAGUGGCUCACGGCUGGCUUCAGGCAGGAAAAAUCUACCACAUCCUCAAACAGACUGAGCUGGUGGAUCUCUAUGUGCAGGUAGCGCAGGACAUUGCUUUAAGCACAGGAGACACAUUAUUCAUUGUGGAGCUGCUGGAGGCAGCUGGGGACAUGUUCUAUAACACCACACAGGAUAGAGAGAAAGCUGUCUGCUUCUACAGGGAUCGAGCUCUCCCGAUCGCAGUGAAGACAAGCAGUGUGCGUUGUCAGCUCAGGUUGUGUAAUAAGCUAGCAGAGUUGCUGCUCCAUUUGGGACAGUAUCGAGAAGCUCUGGAGUAUGCACAGACUGCAUUAGAGAUCAGUGUCAAUCUGGCUGACCAUUUGAACGUGCGUGUGGCGUUCCAUCGGCUGGCUACGCUCUACCACUGCCUGAGUCAGUUUGAGCUGGCUGAGCACCACUUCCUCAAGGCGCUCUCACUCUGUCCCUCACCCAUGCAGUUUGAUGAGGAAGCUCUGUACUAUGUCAAAGUCUAUCAAACUCUAGGUGACAUUAUCUUCCAUGAUCUAAAGGACCCAUUUGAUGCAGCAGGUUAUUACCAUCUUGCCCUGGCAGCUGCCAUGGACCUUGGCAAUAAAAAGUCUCAGCUUGAGCUGUGCACUCGCCUGGCCACUAUCUACCACAACUUCCUCAUGGAUCGUGAGCUUUCCCUGCACUUCUAUCAACGGGCCCGUGCCUUCGCUGCUGAUCUCAAUAUCCGCCGCAUCAACCUAUCACCAGACCAGUGUUUUCGCACCACAUCCCAAUACAGGAUCACAGCCUCGCAGGAGACGAGCUAGACAAUCAAACACUACUGAGAAAACAGAAACCUAAACUGAACUGAAGCACAACACUGUAAUGUUUACAGUCUUCUGACCAGAUGUUUUAUGUAGUGGUUCAUUUACUUUUAUUUGUGUUGACUGGCUCACUAAUAUUUGAAGUCAGAAAUUCUAACUGAUUCAACAUUUCCUUAUAUCGCUCCAGGAGUCGAUUUUAAAAGUGACAACUAAAUGAUAAAACUGAAGCACAUGACUGAAAAAAUCAAUCCACAUUAAGUUGAAUAAUAACAAUAAUAAUAAUAAUAAUAAUAAUAAUAAUAAUAAUAAUAAUAAAUACAGCAUCUUUGUUUAUGUACAUGUUCAAGCCUUUAAUGAGCCAUUAUUUCAUUUGGCAAGCUAAAGUUACGGCAUUUUUAUAUUGCUAAAAUGUGAUUGUGUGUGUGUGUGUGUGUGUGUGUGUGUGUGUGUGUGUGUGUGUGUGUGUAGCCCUUAAAUGGAUCCAGGGUGUAUUCCUGCCUCAUGUCCAGUAUUCCUGGGUUGGGCUCCAGAUUCACCUCAACCCUGACCAUGAUAGAUUGAUUACUGAAAUAUACCACAUCCUCAAACAGAGGGAAAGAAAGAAUAAACCAAUGAAUAUUAAUAGAAACUAGACAAUUAAAGGCAAUGCUUUAAAUGUAACUGUAACCUAAACAAGAAUGGAAUAAUAUGCUCUGGUUAACAUACAUCUGGAUCUGGCUUUUAAAUGAUAACAGUUUUACAGAUGGUACUUAUGUAACACCCAAAUGAAAGACCAGCUUCAAGAGCAAAUCCUAAGCCCUUCAGAGCAGCCCAACUUUUUUGUGCUUGCACUAAAAACAUAUAUAAAAUAAAUUUUAAUUGUUUAUAUCAGGCAGAGUAUCCAAUGUAAAUUCCCUUUACAUUUUGUUAGAAAAAAACAUUCAUUAAGAAAUGGACAUUUAGUUCUUCAUAUAAAUAUAAAAAAAACCUGCUUUAAUGCAUGCACAGCUUUAAUAUUGUUAAAUCACUAAUGCAUUAAGCCUGGGUAUUCAGUCCCAUCGGUUUAACCCCCUGAAAUCAAGUGAAAACAAAGAGAUGCUCUGUUUUCACUAAGUGCUGAAAAUGACUAAUGUUACAGUUUCAAAUAAAUAUCUUCAUGGCUGGUGAGAUCCCACAAGUCAUCCUGAACUGCUCUUCUCAGUCCAAGCAAACACCAAAAGCUAAAACUCUGACACUUGCAAGUGUGUAUGCGUUAACACGACAUGACCAACAUGUGUUGCAUAGGUGUCUGGAAUGAGCUCUUCAGAUGGACCAUAAACUCUUCUUCACAACAGAGGCAGCCAUGUGAGAACACCACAAGACCUCGUCACGUUCUUUUAAAAAACACAUCCAUUCUUUUUUAGUCCAAGACUGGAAGGAGG